GUACAGAUUUACGGCAUGACAUGUGAAUCUUGCCCUGAACAUCUCAAUAAAGUGAUACAACAAAUGGAAGAAGUCUACUAUGCAAAGUUUACUCUAGCCGAUCAAAUGGGUCAUAUUGUGUAUAAUAGCCACCUCUUAACAAUUGGUGAUAUACUUUAUGCUAUCGACGAAUGCGGAUUUGAAGCUCGAUUCCUUAAUCAACAAAUGAAAGAUAACUCAUUGGUACAACUGUACAUAGAGGGCAUGUCUUGUGCCUCUUGUGUAGCCAAGAUUGAAAAUCAAGUCAAUAAAUUAGAUGGUGUUCAUUCAACUGCUGUUACACUAUUGUCCAAGAAAGGUGUUGUAGAAUUUGAUGAAACCAAAAUAACCAACGUUGAGAUUGCAAAACAAGUCGAAAAGCUUGGUUUUGAUGUAGAAGUUAAAGAAAUUUUCGAUAAUUAUCAAUAUGCUGAAUUACAGGUAUUCUAUAUGUAA